UUCGACAUGUCGUUGCUGAAACCUUUUAAUAGGAGACCCGACUUGAACAGCGCUGCUAUAUUGCUUGUAGCGCAAGAAGAAGAGUUUCCACAGAGAUUAGCCGAAUCUCUGUUGAAGGAGACUGCAGUCACGUUGAAUGUGAGACUAGCAAAUAGUUUGCCCCUGCCCGUUGAGCACCAGCACAGUCGGCCCAGGAUAGACCUGGUGGUUUUUAUCAUCAACCUCAGCUCAGAGCUCAGUAUUGAGUCUGCCCAAGAUUCCCUCAAGUAUUUGGAUCCUGGAUAUUUCCUUGGAAAAGUCUGCUUCAUGGGUACCAACGCACGCAACGCCACCGUCCCACCAGAACGCCUGGAUGCCCUCAGAAAGCUGGCUGCAUCACAAUGCUGCACACUGCUCUUUGCCGAGGAUCAGACGACAGAUGGUGCGACCAAUGUCUCGGAGAGACUGCUGACCAUUUUGAAGGUGUCGGCCGGUCUCGUUCCCAUGACGACGGCACUUUAUCUGUCCAACUUGACAAUGUGCACCGUGCCCUCAGAGACUAAUGAAGUGGAUUUUGAUUAG